AAGGGGUCGCCACUAGAAUUUAAUUGCCCUCUUGGCGGGGCAGGUACAUUUACCAGGUGGACUUUUGUAGAAGUAGAGAAUUUGGUUUUUCUUUUUCCUUUUUCUGUUUUCUUUCUGAGUAUAGAAACUGUCCCUAAGAAAGGAAACCUUUCUGGCCAUGUUUAUUCCAGGAAUCUUUUGUCCCCUAAGUUUGACCUUAUUCCAUCCUUCACCCUGUACUCUAGCCUCAGUCACAUAUUCAAAUGGUCACUCACUUAAGUAAAAAAAUAAAAUCUGUGAAUGUGAAGCUUCAGGUCUUUUAGAGUGAGUGGUGAGAGAUGUUCCUUUUUUUGGAGAUUCUGUUUUCAGAAUCUCAAGUGCACUAUCACGGCUUGCACCAUAUCCUGAAGAGUUGUUGGCUAUGACUUUUUUUUUGGGGGGGGGUCAUUUUGUGGAAAGCAUUUUGGUUAAAAGGAAAACAUUGCUUUAGUCGUCUUGGAAUUUGGGGGGUAACUAGGGUUUACUGUGAGCAGCUGUCAAAGCUGUGUUUGGUUUAUCUGGCACCAGCAGACGUUUUUGAAUCAGCUGAGAGAAAUCACUGGGAUUAAUGAUGCCCAGAUACUCCAGCAAGCCUUACAGUAAUGGAAACUUGGAAUUAGCUGUGGCUUUCCUUACUGCAAAGAAUGCCAAGACCCCUCAGCAGGAGGAGACAACUUACUACCAAACAGCACUUCCUGGCAAUGAUAGAUACAUCAGUGUGGGAAGCCAAGCGGACACAAAUGUGAUUGAUCUCACUGGAGAUGAUAAAGAUGAUCUUCAGAGAGCAAUUGCCUUGAGUUUGGCGGAAUCAAACAGGGCAUUCAGGGAGACUGGAAUAACUGAUGAGGAGCAAGCCAUUAGCAGAGUUCUUGAAGCCAGCAUAGCAGAAAAUAAAGCAUGUUUAAAGAGAACACCUACAGAAGUUUGGAGGGAUUCUCGAAACCCUUACGAUAGAAAAAGGCAGGACAAAGCUCCUGUUGGACUGAAGAAUGUUGGCAAUACUUGCUGGUUUAGUGCUGUUAUUCAGUCAUUAUUCAAUCUUUUGGAGUUUAGAAGAUUAGUUCUGAAUUACAAGCCUCCGUCAAAUGCUCAAGAUUUACCCCGAAACCAAAAGGAGCAUCGGAAUUUGCCUUUUAUGCGUGAGCUAAGGUAUCUAUUUGCACUUCUUGUUGGUACUAAAAGGAAAUAUGUUGAUCCAUCAAGAGCCGUUGAAAUUCUUAAGGACGCUUUCAAAUCAAAUGACUCCCAGCAGCAAGAUGUGAGUGAGUUUACACACAAAUUAUUAGAUUGGUUAGAAGAUGCCUUCCAAAUGAAAGCUGAAGAAGAGACGGAUGAAGAGAAGCCAAAGAACCCCAUGGUAGAGUUGUUCUAUGGAAGAUUCCUUGCUGUGGGAGUACUUGAAGGUAAAAAAUUUGAAAAUACUGAAAUGUUUGGUCAGUACCCGCUUCAGGUCAAUGGAUUCAAAGAUCUACAUGAGUGCCUAGAAGCUGCUAUGAUUGAAGGAGAAAUUGAGUCCUUACAUUCAGAGAAUUCAGGAAAAUCAGGCCAAGAGCAUUGGUUCACCAAACUACCACCUGUGUUAACAUUUGAAUUGUCAAGAUUUGAAUUCAAUCAGGCAUUGGGAAGACCAGAAAAAAUUCACAACAAAUUAGAAUUUCCUCAAGUGUUAUAUCUGGACAGAUAUAUGCACAGAAACAGAGAAAUAACAAGAAUUAAGAGGGAAGAAAUCAAGAGACUAAAAGAUUACCUCACAGUAUUACAACAAAGACUAGAAAGAUAUUUAAGCUACGGUUCGGGUCCCAAACGAUUCCCCUUGGUAGAUGUUCUACAGUACGCGUUGGAAUUUGCUUCAAGUAAACCUGUUUGUACAUCUCCUGUUGAUGAUAUUGAUGCUAGUUCCCCACCUAGUGGUUCCACACCACAGACAUUACCAAGCGCAACAGAACAACAGGGAGCCCCUUCUUCAGAACUGCCAAGCACAUCCCCUGCCUCCAUAGCUGCCGUGUCAUCGAGAUCAGUAGUACAUAAACCAUUCACUCAGUCUCGGAUACCUCCAGAUUUGCCCAUGCAUCCAGCCCCAAGGCACAUAACAGAAGAAGAACUUUCUGUGCUAGAAAGCUGUUUACAUCGCUGGAGGACAGAAAUAGAAAAUGAUACCAGAGAUUUGCAGGAAAGCAUAUCCAGAAUCCAUCGAACAAUUGAACUAAUGUACUCUGACAAAUCUAUGAUCCAGGUUCCUUAUCGCUUACAUGCUGUUUUAGUUCACGAAGGCCAAGCUAAUGCCGGGCACUACUGGGCAUAUAUUUUUGAUCAUCGUGAAAACAGGUGGAUGAAGUACAAUGAUAUUGCAGUGACAAAGUCAUCAUGGGAAGAGCUAGUGAGGGACUCUUUUGGUGGUUAUAGAAAUGCCAGUGCAUACUGUUUAAUGUACAUAAAUGAUAAGGCACAAUUCUUAAUAAAAGAGGAGUUAAAUAAAGAAACUGGGCAGGCUCUUGUUGGAAUAGAAACAUUACCACCGGAUUUAAGAGAUUUUGUUGAGGAAGACAACCAGCGAUUUGAAAAAGAACUAGAAGAAUGGGAUGCGCAACUCGCCCAGAAGGCUUUGCAGGAAAAACUUCUAGCAUCUCAGAAAUUGAGGGAGUCAGAAUCUUCUGUAACAACAGCACAAGCAGGAGAACCAGAAUAUCUAGAGCAGCCAUCAAGAAGUGAUUUCUCAAAGCACUUGAAAGAAGAAACUAUUCGAAUAAUUACCAAGGCAUCACAUGAGCAUGAAGAUAAAAGUCCUGAAACAGUUUUGCAGUCGAAACCUGAAAAUACCACAAGCCAACCACCUUCUAACCAGCAAGUUGUAGAGGUGGCGAUUCCUCAUGUAGGGAAAUUCAUGAUUGAGUCAAAGGAGGGGGGUUAUGAUGACGAGAUCAUGAUGACACCGAACAUGCAAGGUAUUAUCAUGGCGAUAGGUAAAUCCAGGAAUGUAUAUGACAGGUGUGGCCCUGAAGCAGGGUUCUUUAAGGCAAUUAAGUUGGAGUAUUCAAGAUUGGUUAAAUUGGCCCAAGAAGAUACCCCACCAGAAACAGAUUAUCGUUUACAUCAUGUAGUGGUCUAUUUUAUCCAGAACCAAGCGCCAAAGAAAAUCAUUGAGAAAACAUUGCUAGAACAAUUUGGAGAUAGAAAUUUGAGUUUUGAUGAAAGGUGUCACAACAUAAUGAAAGUUGCUCAAGCCAAACUUGAAAUGAUCAAACCUGAAGAAGUAAACUUGGAGGAAUAUGAGGAGUGGCAUCAGGAUUAUAGGAAAUUCAGGGAAACAACCAUGUAUCUCAUAAUUGGGCUAGAAAAUUUUCAAAAAGAAAGUUAUAUAGAUUCCCUGUUGUUCCUUAUCUGUGCGUAUCAGAAUAACAAGGAACUCUUGUCCAAAGGUCCAAACCGAGGACAUGAUGAAGAAUUGAUAUCACAUUAUAGAAGAGAAUGUUUACUAAAAUUAAAUGAGCAAGCAGCAGAACUGUUUGAAUCUGGAGAGGAUCGAGAAGUAAACAAUGGUCUGAUUAUCAUGAACGAGUUUAUUGUCCCGUUUUUGCCCUUGUUAUUGGUGGAUGAAAUGGAAGAGAAGGAUAUACUUGCCGUGGAAGACAUGAGAAAUCGAUGGUGUUCCUAUCUCGGACAAGAAAUGGAAUCAAACCUCCAAGAGAAGCUGACAGAUUUUCUGCCAAAACUGCUUGAUUGUUCUACUGAGAUUAAAGGGUUCCAUGAGCCACCGAAGUUACCUUCGUAUUCCACCCAUGAACUGUGUGAGCGGUUUGCCCGAAUCAUGUUGUCCCUCAGUCGAACUCCUGCUGAUGGAAGAUAAACUGCACACACUUUCCCUGAACACACUGUAUAAACUUUUUUUAGUUCUUAACCCUUGCCUUCCUGUCACAGGGUUUGCUUGUUGCUGCUAUAGUUUUUAACAUUUUUUAUUUUAAUAACUGCAAAAGACAAAAUGACUAUACAGACUUUAGCCAGACCGCAAACAAUAAAGCUGAGAAUCGCAUGGCGCUCAGACUUUGUUUUAACCAGAACUGAUGUAUGAUUACAAACUGUUUGAUUUCAUUAUGGCAAAACCAUCCUUUUGCCACCUUUCUGUUACAGUAUUACUUUGCUUUUAUCUUUUCUUUAUCUACAGCUUUCCAUUCAGUCUGGAUCCUUCCACGACUAAAGCCAUUUAAGUGUUCACCACUGUGUACAAUACAUAAUACUUGGUAGCUUGUAAAUGAAAUUAAAGAAUAAAGUUUUAUUUAUGGCUACCUACGUGUUUGUAAGCAGGUAUAUUGUAUAUUAGUGUAUCAUUUUUAGUUAUAUAUAACUGAAUUUUGUCUGGGGAUUGUGUAAGAUUAGAUGAAUAGAUAAAUAGAUUAAUACAAACUUUUAAUUUUUCUCUGUUAGCACAUUGGAAAUUUACUAAGUAUUUGAACUUAAAUAUAUCUGUAUUUUUGACUAAGUUGUUAAACUUAGUAUGACACCUAAACCUGUUUUGAAUUCAAAUCAGGUUUUCACUGAAGUGAGCGGCUGAUAUUUAAGUCAACCACACUGAAACUUUUAACUUUUUCUUAGAUUAACCUUUUAUUUUUUUAUGUAUUUACAAAUAAUAUAGCAAGGUGAUUAUUUCAAGAGAUACCAGAAAAAAGUACUUGAAUAAGGGCUAUUUAAUAGUGAAACUUAUAAAAAAUCUGUAUAUGUAUAUACACACACAUACACACAAGUACACAUUCUUCAUAAUGGAGGACAAUGUUUUGCAUUAUAUAAUCAUUCUAUUUUUGUAAAUUGUAUACCACUUUAAUUGAAAAUGUUCUCUACUAAUCAAUGCUGUGAAGUUGAUAUUGUUGAACUAGAAAUUAUGAGUAUCUUACCUUUUAUUUUCCUCCUUUUCAAAAAGAAAAAGCUGUAGAACAUUUUGUAGAUGGAACUGCUGUUUAAGAUUAAUGAAGUAAUAUUGUGAAUGAAAAUCAAUGCUUUAAAGGUAAUCAUGUUACCAAUAACCUAUUUUUGAAUUUAUAAAAAUUUCUUUAUAAAUGAUACUUUGUUAGCAUAGUAAAAUAUAUCAUUAUACUAUGUGUAUGUUUGUUAUAGCGUCGCCAAAACUAGAACUCUAUAAGUGCCUCUCAUAAAACAUCCUCAACAGAGGAGGAAGAAGAAAAUAUUAAGCCAUUAUAUAAUGUUCCUUAUCAAGGUAUCAAUGACUACUGAGGUGUUAAUGACAAGGAAUUGGUACUGUUUCUGUUGUAAGGUUAGAUUUUGCACACUGAGGCUAUCAGAACGUAUUUUGGUUUAGAUUUAAAUUCUCUACUGAGCAGAAGUAGUAUUCUACAUUGGUUUUCAGGUCCUGUCCAGAGUUUUAGAACUCCAUAGGUACCAUCAAAGCAUUUGUAAAUAUCUUCAGUAUUUUAUGAUAUUCUGCCCUAAAGGUAAAAUUGGUUGUGUUUAUGUGUGUAAUUGACUACUGAGACACAAAGUGUCCAAACAGCGUAUGGAAAUUACUCCCUUCCCAAGGCACAUCCAGGGAAUCAUACGUGGCUCUUGUGCAAAAGGUAAGUAUUAUUAUUGUCUUUACUUUUCUACUUAAAAGCCAGUUUAUUCAUUCCUAUUAAUAAACCUGAACUACUUAUUUUAAAAAGUGACCUUUUUGAAGACCUGGGGAAACAACUUGUUUUUGCAUCAGUAAGUUUCAGUCUGGUCUAAACUAGAACCACGGCACUAGAUGAGACAGUCAGUAGCAUUUUAUGCACUUAAAUUGAUGCUGUUUGACUUCCAUUUACCUCUGAUCCCUUGUUUUCUGGAAGCUUUUCAGUAUUUCCUUCAGUUGCAAUUUCAAGGAAGUAACUAAAAAUUUGUUUUCUUAGUUUUAGAUUUAUUGAGACUAAGGUGGAUUUUCUCCUUCUAUACCUAAUUCCCCAGAGUUCAGCGUCUUUGUCUAUGAUUCAGAGACGUCGACUUCUGGCUCUGAAUCCUACUGCCAUCCCCAGAAAGUACAGUCACUCCGAUGCUUGUGGGCAGUGAGUAGGGAUAGCCUUGUGUAAUCAUUUUUUAAACAAUUCUUGUACAUCAUUAAGCAGAUCAAAUAUCAUUUGUUGUGCCCAUGAUAACUUCAUCCAGAGUAUGUAUAUUACUCUCAGGGCUGCGGUAGCAAAGCGCUACAAACUAGGCGGGUGGCUUAUGGAACAAAUUUAUUUUCUCACAGUCAUACCAGGUGAGGACCCCACCCUUACGACCUCAUUCAGUCUUUUUAAAAAGCCCUAUCUCCAAAUGCAGUUACACUGGGAGAGGAGUGGCUUCAACAUAAAAUUUUAGGGGUAGGUGACAAUUCAGUCCACAGUGUGUGAUGGCCUAGUUUAUGUACCUCCUUUCCAGACACAGAAGUAUGAUAGCCUCUUCCUUUAGCCUCAUGAUUACAAUGCACAUAUCUAAAAUUCUGCUGUUACAUCUGCUUUAUUGUUUUCUUUUACUUUCAUGGUGUUCUAAAAACUAUUUUAAAGUUACAGCAGACGAAAUUAGGAAUUGCUCACAGUGCAUUCAUCUAAUCAGUAUCAGUUCAGUGUGUUUUCAUUGAACAGAUCUUUACUGGAUGAAUGCAGUAGUCUGUGUCGCCCUGCCCUUAUUUAUGUGGGUUUUCUUCUUCGUUUUUUUUUUUCCAUCAGUUCCACUUGGUACCAUGGAUCUGUUUCUGUUUUGCUAGUGUUUUUAUUUUUACCUGCUCUACUUCCCUUUUCCAUCCCCCUUCCCACCCCCAGCCUGGAGGUAACUAUUGUUAACCAUUGUGGCCACGUAUUUUUCCAUGUUUGGGUAAUGUUAUGCAGUGUAUACACAAAAGUGCUGGGUUUUUGUUGGGGAGCAGAGGAGGAAAGGGUCAUCUAUUUUAUGCAUCCUUUCUUCUCCUCUCUCCUGUACUUUCUGGCCUUCAGUUCCUUCUUUUUCUAAUGAACUUUGAUAGAAGUGGCAGUGAUCAAAUAAUAAUAAAAACUAUGACACUAAUAAAAGUAAACGAGUCAUGAUUGAGGGAACUGUGUGCACAGUUGAAUACAGACAUGCAUACACAUUGGAAUUCCAAGUAUCCUUAUUCAUUCUACGCACAGGUUUUCUCAAUGGCUAGUUCAAACCACUGCUAUCCCCCACUUCCUAUUCGAUGCCAGCUCCAGUAAAGCAGGAUGAUUUUUCCUUUGCCUUACCAAGGAAAUGGGACCAUUGGGUAUGAUACCCUUCAACUUUAACAUCAUACCCAUACAUUUACAGUUAGUUAACCAAGAUGUACUAAGGGAUGGGUAUUAUUGAUAACCCACUGUUUAUGAGGAAAAUAUAAAAUCAAAUGUAGUAUAAAAUGAACUUACACAUUAAAAACGAAAAGUACAUCCAUUAUUUGGGAGACAUGGUUGCUCUUCAGUAAGAUUCAAAAAGCUUACUUUUUGCCUUAUACCGGCCCAAAGCCUAUAAAACAUCAGUUUGCCAUUUAGCAAAUGGUUCUCGCUUUUUCAGUAAUCUAGGGCUAGGCAGGUAUUUUUAACCCUGGUUGUGCAUCAAAAGCACAUGUGGAAUGUUCUUUAAAAAAGGGGUCUAGGGCCUAUCCAGCAUGCGGAUUCUUAAAAGACUUUUAAAGUGAGAACUAGUUUGAAACCAUUUGGUAGGUGUUUCUCCAACUUUAAUUUUUCUAGGAAUCAACUCUGCUCUUACCCUGAGAGACUGAUUAAGCCUGGCUAAAGCAGGAUGGAAAAAUUUGCUUUUUGCAUUCUUGUAUGUCACAUGAAAAGGCAAAGGAUUUACAUUUGCUGAUGGCCCCCUCAGCCGCAGAGCAUGUCCAUUUUAGUAUGUGCUGUAGCCAAAGGUAUGCGUAAAUGCUUUUCAGUUCCAACUUACUGAACUUCUCGCUCUUUCCUGAGUGGUUAAGAGUGCGGGCUCUAGAACCAGACUGCCCAGUGUGGAUCUUGGGUCGGCUGUUUAUUUGACCAGCUAUUAUUCUUGGACUUUUCUGUGCCUUGUUAUAGUUCUUCAUCUCUAAAAUGGGACAGUAAUAUAACAUACCUUACUAGGACUCUUUUAAAAGUUUAAAUGGGUUUCUAUAUAUAAAAUUCUUGGAAAAUGUCUGCCACAUAGUAAGUGUUCAAUUAAUGUUAGCCUUUUUUAUAAUUUGUCGCUAUUGUUUACUCCUGAUUUUCAGAAUCUGCCUUCCUGAGGCUUCUUUGGGCUACUCUGAUUCCUACCUGCAUUCCCUGUCGUUUCUUUUUUUUCCCUACUCCUUAAUAUGAUUGUUGUCAAGGUUCUGUACUUGACCCCCUUCUAACUCUUCACCUUUUCUGGAUGGUCGUGUCUACUAGUUUGUCUUCUUGUACUGCCUGGUGCUGAUGAUUCACAAGUCUCUGUCUCUAAUUUCUAACCAAACCAACCUCAUGCAUUUUAGACCCAUUUAUGUUUCCAAUUGUCUGGUCAACAUGCAGACUUGGAUAUUUCACAGGUACUUCAAACUUUGCACAUAAACUGAAUUCAUCACUUCUUCCCAAACCUAAUUCUUUUAUAUUCCCUUGGUGAAUGAUAUAAUAAUCCAGACAUGGGGAAUUAUUUGCAGUUCUUUUAUUUCCCAUUGAUUAACAAGUGUCAACAGGUCAAAAUUGUUAAUACCUUGCUCAUGCAUUUCUUCACUAGUACUGUUCAUGAGAUCUCUCAUCUCUUAAUUUGGACAAUUAGGUUUGUUCCUGAAUGGCCCUCUGUCAGUUCUUUGUUUUAGUUGAAAUACAGUUGGUACACUGGCCUCUUUGUCACUGAUCUUGCCCCUAAAGUCCAUCUUCUACACUGUUGGCAGAACGAUCUUUCAAAGAGGUUUUACAUGUUUGUCUUGCAUUGCUGGACAGAGCUCCUUUAGAGAGAAAUAGUAUUGUGGUUUGUAACCACAGCAUCUCUUAAAUUAUCUGGCAACUUAAUAGAGUACUGUAGUCUUACAGGUUCUCUGGCCUUCUAGCCAGCCAUCUUUGACCUACAUUGUUCCAUAUGAUAACCACUAGCCACAUGUGGCUAUUUAAAUUUAAACCAAAUAAAGUUAAAAUUACUUAGUCAUACUAACCACAUUCCAAAUGCUCAAUAGAUACAUGAAAUUACUGGCAACACAUUGGAUAACAUGUUUUAGAACAUUUCCAUUACCACAGAAAGUUCUAUUGAACAGAGCUGCCAAAGACCCUUGCUGAUAUGGACAUUUUCCUUUAUUGACAGCAUGAGAAUAUUCAGGCACCUUUAAAGCGCUAACCUGAGCAAACCAGUCUUUAGCAUUUAUGUCUUUUAUCUUGAUCCUGCCAUUAAUCACUUUUCUGCAUUUGCUCUUUAGCUAGCACCUCAGCGCAUGUCGGGAGAGCCCACAGUAGGUGUUUCAACAAAGGAGAUGUGGUGGAGGCAUAGAGGACAAUCCAUAGAUCCUAACUGCAGGAGGUAGCCACUAUUCCUAGGGGUGAGGAAAUAAGGUGGGGGGGGAGUUGGGGUUGACAGAACCUUGGAUCUCCUAAACAGGAGUCCGUGUGGACUUAGUGCACAAAGCUCUGAGACAGUUCACCACCCACCUGCUCUUGCUACUUCUGAGGGAUGCAGUGAAGAUAGUUCCAGACCUUCGGAAAGUAGUUGAAGACUGGAAUCAAGUGACAUUAUUAGGUCCACACUGGUAGGCUGGGCAAGCAAAGAUGAAGAAGUAAAUCUUGUUUUCCUCUUCCUACCUUCCAUCUUCUCUCUAGUACUUACUGGCAGAAUCUAAAUGGAAUGCAGCAGUCAAGGGGGGGGUCAGGAAAAUGCAGUUUAUGGAGUCCCAGCCCCAGCAUCACAGAGCAAAGGAUAGAAAGGUGGAACUGGAGCUGAGAGAUAAUAGGUAAAGAACACAUUAGUUUCCUUUUAAAAAUUCCUUUUUGCCCAAAGAUGUUAAUCCCUAAAAUGCUAAAUAUUCAGGAAUAUAUUUGUAGACUAUCUCUGGGACCUCAAGAGUAAAUGUACUGGUUCUAAUUGAAAUCAUGUUGCUCUUUUCUAUCAAAUGAAACCUUUUAAUGAUCCAUUUGUGUUUUAUUUUUAAAAUCAGUAUCAGAAGGAAUUCACUCCCAACCAUUCAUUCACAUAUAUAUUUUUUCUUUUUUUUUCCUUUUUUUUUUUUUUUUGCUUGCAUGUCACAUACCACACAAUCUACCAGGUGUACAUAUGUAAGACAAACUUAGCAAGACAAAAGUAAUAAUCCACCCAAAUCCAUCUACCUGAAAUUAGAGACUAUUCACAUUUUUAUGUUGAUCGUUCUGCACAUCUAUGUAUGUGCACAUGUACACAUACACAUAACUAUAAUUCAAUGAUUUUCAUUAAAAAUAUAAUAAAUCAGACAUUUUCAAGAAAAGGUGUAUAGAUCUCUCACUGCUCUACUGCAUUUGAUUAUAAGGAAAAUGAACUAUAGCUUAUUCAUGGACAUACAAUAUAGGCUGCUACUUAUGUCUAUGUGCCUACUAAUAUUGUUUUCAUGCCUUUUGUCAUUCCAGUAAAUUUCUAGUAUAACUUCUGAGUUACUGAGUAUCCACGUUUAAAAUUUUGAGCUAAAUUGUCAAACGGACCUUCACCAAAACUAUCUGAUUAUACUGCCACCACGAGAGCAUGGGAGUCUGUUUCCACAGGUUCACCAUAGAAUAUUACCAGUUUUUGAUAGUUUUCAGUAACAAGAUUUUUGUAUUAUUUUUUUAUUUUUAGUGAGAGUGAACAUACUUUAAUAUGUUAAUAGCUGUUUGUAUUUAUUGUGUGUAGUUAACUGCUUUACUUUGCACUUUUAUGGGGGUCGUUCAUGUCUGAAUUUAUAGUAGCUUAUAUUAGAAAUCAUUAAUUCUUAUGCACAUUGCAAAAAUUUUUCUUCUGUCAUUUAUUUUAAGCUUGCUUAUAAUAUUAUUGUUUUAUGACUUUUUAUUUUUAUGUAAUCAAAUCUGUUGACCUGCUUUAUAGUUUCUGCCUUUGAUAUUCUGUCUACAAAGAAUUUUCCCAGGCCAAGAUUAUAAAAAUACUCAUCCAUGUUUUCUUCUGAUAUUUUUAUGAUUUUAUUUUUUAUGUCAGUUCCUAAUGAAGUUGGAAAUUAUAUUAAUUUAAGGAGUGAGGGAAAGAUUCAUAAACUUCUGCCAAGAUUAUCUAGUUGUCUAAUACCAUUUAUAAAACAAUUCCUCUUUUCCCUUACUGAUCUAAAAUGUAAUCUCCACUAGAUGAUAAUAAAUUUUUAUAUUUGAUAUUUAUAAACACUCAGUUCCAUUUAUGUUUUUGUCUAUUCAACUGUCAUUACUAAUUUAAUCACUAUUGUUUUAACAUUGAUUUAAAUAUUUGUUUUAUAAUAAACAAUUUCCUAUCUAGUA